AUGAUCAAAAGUGACAUUACGCUCCAUGGAAAUAAUAUAUCCGGCUCGAGGAGCCACUCAAAGAAUGUGACGGCUAAACCAGCUUCGAACGGCGUCACGGCUAAUCUACGAGACAAGGCCAAAGUCUUGUAUGAAGGAAGGAAAAAGCUGCCUAUAUUUGGACACGCAGAUGAAAUCCGCGCCCAUCUUCGACGGACCGAUGUUAUGUUACUUGUUGGUGAAACGGGUAGCGGUAAGAGUACACAAGUACCGCAGUUUCUGGUCGACGAGGAUUGGUGUCGUCCGAAAUCAACUAAGAUAUCAUCCUCGAAUAACGGAAAGACGAGCAUUGUGGGCGGCUGUAUAGCCAUAACCCAGCCUAGACGUGUUGCAGCUGUCUCCCUUGCGCGAAGAGUAGCAGAUGAGGUGGGUUGUCCGCUUGGUUCUGCCUCUCCUGCGAGCAAGGUUGGUUACGCGGUGCGUUUCGAUACGUCUGUUUCUCCAAGCACGCGAAUAAAAUUCAUGACGGACGGAAUGCUGCUACAGGAGAUGCUAAAUGAUCCGUGGUUGACAAAGUAUAGUGCUGUGGUGGUGGAUGAGGUUCACGAGCGAGGUAUUAACGUUGACUUGCUACUUGGAUUCUUGAGGAAUAUCGCUACUGGAUCGCAGGAAGGGAGGGGAGAAAUUCCGCUGAAAAUAGUUGUGAUGAGUGCGACUGCGGAUAUGGAAAGCUUGAUGGAUUUCUUUCGUGAGGGAUUCAGCCAGGCUUCAAAAGAAGAGAGCAGAUCCUCGUCAAGGGAAAAUGGUGCAGAUGCAGAGCUCGAAAAAAAGAUGAAGAUAAAGCCAUCCAAGAAGGAGGAAUCUAGUCUAAUACCAUCAGACCGAAUUUCCGUCUGCCAUAUCAAAGGCCGUCAAUUCCCAGUUACAACUAUAUAUUCACCAGGACCAGUCCCGGAUUUUGUGGAUGCAGCACUCAAAACAAUAUUUCAAAUUCAUUACAAGGAGCCUUUACCGGGCGAUAUUUUGGUCUUCUUGACCGGACAAGAAACCGUUGAGUCCCUGGAGUAUCUGGUCAACGACUAUGCUAGUACCAUGGACAAAGAGCUACCGAAGGUAUUGGCCGUGCCUCUAUUUGCAGCGCUCCCCCAGGCAGCGCAGCAGAGAUUCUUCCUACCAACACCUCCAAGAACGAGAAAGAUCAUAUUAGCCACAAACAUUGCCGAAACUUCCGUGACUGUUCCUGGGGUACGGUAUGUGGUUGACUGUGGUAAAGCGAAGACGAAACAGUUCCGAACGCGUCUCGGAUUGGACUCCCUACUUGUGAAACCCAUAUCGAAAUCUGCUGCGAUACAAAGGAAAGGUCGAGCGGGGCGAGAAGCAGCUGGACAAUGCUACAGGUUGUACCCUGAGAAGGAAUAUCUUGCCUUACCGGAGACUAAUACGCCCGAGAUACUCCGAUGUGAUGUGAGCCAGGCCAUAUUAACGAUGAAAGCCAGAGGCGUGGAUGAUAUUGUGGGGUUUCCUUUCCUCACGCCUCCUCCUAGAGAUGCGAUUGAGAAAGCAUUAUUGCAGCUUUUCAAUAUAAAUGCGUUGGAUGAAACGGGGAAAAUAAGUCCUAUUGGUAGCCGAAUAGCAAAGCUCCCACUUACAGCGCCGUUGGGCCGGGUACUCCUUGCUGGAGCAGAGAAUGGUCCUCGUUGUCUAAGAGACGUCAUUGACAUCAUUUCCUGUCUAAGUGUGGAGAAUAUAUUUCUAAACACGGCGUCGGAAGAGAAGAAGGAACAGGCAGAUCUGGCGAGACGGGACCUUUAUAGGCGAGAAGGAGACCACUUGACUAUGCUAGCUACUGUACGAGCAUAUGCGGCCGAGCAUGCUGAUCGAAAAGUCUGGGCGGAACGGCAUCUUGUCUCCCAUCGAGCCAUGCAGGCAGUUAUGGAUGUUCGAAAGCAACUGCUUACUCAAUGUAAACAAGCUAAACUGUUUGGCAAUGCAUCAUUCAAAGAUGACGACUCAUCGCCGCUAGGAAACGAGGAUCCAGUCCCGAUAUUAACCAGUUUCCUUACGGGAUUCGCAACUAACACUGCACGGCUCUUCCCCGAUGGUAGUUACCGUACGAUGGUGGGAAAUCAAACCGUCGCAAUCCAUCCGUCGAGUGUGCUGUUUGGCAGAAAGGUUGAAGCUAUCAUGUAUAAUGAAUAUGUUUUUACGAGUCGAAGUUAUGCGAGGGGCGUGAGCGCAGUGCAGAUGAACUGGAUCGGAGAGGUGUUGGCUGAUUCUUCAUAG